AAAAACACAAACUUCUCUCUCUCUCUCUCUCUUUCUCUCUCUCCCUCACCAAUGAAGUGGAGCCCAAAAGGUCUGUAGUUACCAGUACCAUGAUUAUAAAUGAGGAGACUAAUAACCAAUAGGGAUAGUGAAGAACUGAAGUCUAUUAAGAGAAAACAGUGAGUGAGAGACAGAGAGAGACGGAGAGAGAAGGAUCAAGUGAUAUCCUUCUCUACUCUACUCAUAUAACCACAAUUACAAUUCAGAUUAGCAUUUUCUCUUCAAUAAUCACCAGUUCAACAUCUCCCAAAAUGCAUCUUAAUCACAAAACAGUAUCUUUAGAACUGUAAUAGAAAAUAAAAGUCUCACUUUCUUCAAUCUUAAAGAGUAGAAAUCACCACCCCACAUCUCUCUUCUCUAGAGCAAAAAUGCUGCACAUAAACUGUAUUGUCCUAAUUCUUCUUCUGGGCUCAUUUUCUCCACCUGGAUUGGCAAUGCUCAACCUCACUUUUCCCACUCCUCAUCCCAACCCUGAAGAAGUUGCUCAAGAAGUUCAAAGAAGAGUAAAUGCUUCCAUGUCAAGAAGGGAUAUGUUGCAAAUAUCUGAAAAUGACCAAGCCACAUGCCUAACUGGCAACCCCAUAGACGAUUGCUGGAAAUGUGAUCCAGACUGGGCCAACAACCGCCAGAGGCUAGCCGACUGCGCCAUAGGUUUCGGCCAGUAUGCAAUGGGAGGCAAGAAUGGUGAGUACUACAUAGUCACUGAUUCCUCUGACAAUGAUGCUGUUAACCCAAAACCAGGCACUCUAAGAUAUGCAGUGAUACAGGAAGAGCCUUUAUGGAUUGUGUUUCCAAGUAAUAUGCUCAUUAGGCUCUCACAGGAGCUCAUUUUCAAUAGCUACAAGACUCUUGAUGGACGUGGGGCCAAUGUGCACAUUGUGGGUGGUGGCUGCAUUACUCUGCAGUAUAUAAGCAAUGUUAUUAUUCACAAUAUUCACAUCCACCAUUGUGUUCCUUCAGGUAAUACUAAUGUGCGUUCAAGCCCAACCCACUAUGGGUACCGCACAAAAUCGGACGGUGAUGGAAUUUCCAUAUUUGGAUCAAAGGAUUUAUGGAUUGAUCACUGCUCACUCUCUCACUGCAAGGAUGGUUUGAUUGAUGCAGUGAUGGGAUCAACAGGAAUCACAAUAUCAAACAAUUAUUUCUCCCAUCACAAUGAGGUGAUGCUGCUGGGUCACAGUGAUGAUUAUUUGCCUGAUUCUGGGAUGCAGGUGACCAUAGCAUUUAACCAUUUUGGAGAGAAAUUGGUGCAGAGAAUGCCAAGGUGUAGAAGAGGGUAUAUUCAUGUGGUGAAUAAUGAUUUUACAAGGUGGGAAAUGUAUGCUAUUGGAGGUAGUGGGAAACCUACAAUUAACAGCCAAGCCAAUCGCUACACUGCUCCUUCUGAUCGCAAUGCAAAAGAGGUAACAAAGAGAGUGGACACAGCAGAAGGGGAUUGGAAGGACUGGAAUUGGAGAUCAGAAGGAGAUAUAAUGGUAAAUGGAGCAUUCUUUGUAGCAUCAGGGGAAGGAUUAGAGGUUAAGUAUGAGAAGGCCUACAGUGUGGAGCCCAAGUCUGCUGCUUUUAUUGAUCUAAUCACCAUGCAUGCAGGCGCUCUUGGUGUUGGUGGAAGGGACAACAACCUGGGAAUGUGGAGCACUGGAGCCAAUGGAGGUGGUGCCGGUCAAGAUUCCGGCGAUGAUUACUUUGAUGACUAUUCAGGAAGCAGUUCUCCAUUGUCACCUCCCUCCGCCAGUGGUCUUUUUUCCAUUUUUAUUGCUCUGUUCUGCUUGAUUUCUUUUCACAUUAUAGUCCUUACGUCCAUGUUAUAGCAAGCGAUAAGUUGUGCUUUCUUUCAAUUAACAUCAGCUUCUGCUGGAAACGGAACUGUACAUUAUGUUUUUCAACAAUUCUUGCAACAUUAAUUCCCAGCUUAAUUUCUGCUACAACCAUUUUACAUAUCAA